UGGAACGAGGACACAUCUCUAAUAUUAAUAAAUGACUGAAAUUGUCGAAAAACCUAAUCGACGUAAAAUAAUCUCAGGAAAAUUUAAUAAAUAAUGCUUAAUAUGUACAUAUUGCAUAAUUUACACUUAAUUUUUUAAGAAAAGUAUGCAUGGAGUCACAUCAGAUUAUGUGGUUACAAAACGCAAAGUUUAAAUACACAAAAUGGGAGAAAAACGACCCACCGACAAAAGCUUUUUGUCCGACUUGUUCUGGACUGCGUUCAAUUUUCUCCGCAUGUACAUCAUUGGCUUGGGCUGGCUCUGGCAGCAGUUAGUCGAUCCGCAUAGAAAAUUGAAGGAUUUGCCCAAGAGAACCGGAGAAACUGCCAUCGUCACCGGAGGAGCGAGGGGAAUUGGGGUUGAAGUCGUAAAACAGUUACUCCAGGCGGAUAUGAGGGUUAUAAUCGGAUGUCGCGAUGUAGCGAUCGGAAAUCGUGUCAUAAAAGAAAUUCUGGCCUCUGGGAUUAAAACUGGAACUGCUGAGUGUAUCCAGUUGGACUUGGAGUCGCUCCAGUCCGUGAGAAUGUUUGCCAAGGCGUUUUUGAAGUUGGGAACAUCACUCAGCGUGCUGGUCAAUAAUGCGGCAUACUUUGGCCCACAUAGAAUGACCAUUGACGGAUUCGAGGCGCAGCUCCAGAUCAAUUAUUUGGGCCACUUUCUUCUCACGGUGCUUUUAAUUCCAGCCUUGAUUCGAGCCGGGAAAGUGGGAAAAUGCAGUCGAGUUGUUAAUGUGACCUCGAUGGUGUCGAAAUUGGGAAAUAUUGAGUUUGAUGACUUUUUAAUGAAGAAAUAUUACAAUCGCAACGUGGCCUAUUGCAACACAAAAUUGAUGCAAGUUAUCUCCUCGAACUAUUUGAAUAACCGAUUUCUCGCCGAAAAACUGCCAAUCGAAUGCUACUCCGUCCACCCGGGUGUCGUACGGACGAAUUUAUUCAUACAUUUCCAACUCUAUCGAAUCCUCAUGUUGAUGCUACGAAUUGUCGGAUGGCCGCCCUCCAAGGGGUCCGACUCCAUCGUGUAUACUGCAUUUUCGGAAGAGUUGGAGGGUCACGGGGGUAAAAUGGUGUCCAACUGUACCUUCGUGACGCCAAAUCCACAAGCUGAUGACGCCUUGAUCCAACUCCGACUCUGGGAAAUGUCCUGCAAUCUGACCAAACUUGAAGGAAGCAAGCAAGCAAGUACCAUUGUCCCAGAUCCUUUUAUUCUGGUCGAUAUUGAGUAGUGGGUCAGCUGCAUUAAUUCCUUUUUAUGAAUGAAGGCAAGAACAGGAAGUGUUUUUCGAGGAAAAAAAUGUACACAACUGCAUAAAAAUUGGUAGUUUGUUUAGUAAUUGUUUUCACGAGUGAAUGUCAACCCAGUAAAAUACUUAGGUACAUGUGUAUCCACGUAGACGGGCAUAGAUAAGUAGGAAUUUCCUGUGUUUAGAAAGACGAAGAACAUAAAUUAGCGUAAUUUGCAACCUGCCUUAAUUACCUACGUAUUUAUUAAGAGAUAAAUUCAGAGGAACAAUUAUGUAUGUUACCUCGUGUAUGGUUUAGUAAAGUGCGUUGGUUAGGUUGGUAAAGGUUAGGACCUGCAAUUUUCUGCGAAUUUUAGCGUCUAAAAUCUACCACAAACAAAUGCUUUUCACAAAUUCAAACUAAUUUUAGAAGAAAAUUGUUAUUAAUUGGAAUUCAGUAAAUUUUGUGAAUAAUCAGGAUACCCAAAAUGCCACGAAUUGAAUACAUCAUUGAAAAUAUAACGUU